AUGGAUGAAAUAGCUGAUAAUACAUUCACAGAGAUCCAUACGGCUGAACUUCCCAAUGAUGAUCCAUCAUUGUUGACGUUGAUUCUUGAACUCAGUCCUGGUGGAUGGUUUAAUAUCAAAGAUGAGACGACAAUCCUUGAUGUAGUGAAAUCAUUACUAGUAUUCUUAAAUGGACAUUUAUCAUUAAACAAUGCUAAUCAAGUUGCAUUCAUAAUAAGUUCACCUACUGGUGCAAAAUUCUUAUAUCCUAAUCCACAGAAAGAAAUGGACGAACUACGAAGACCAGAAGAGUAUGAAGAUUCAAAUGAAAUGGGGAUUCCAAGUUUAGUUAGUAAAGGAAUGUAUAGACAAUUUAGAAUCGUAGAUGAAGGGGUUUUAGAAGAGUUUAAUAAAUCUAUUAAUGAACUAGUUGAUGCAGAUAAUACUAAUAUUACUUCCAAAUUGGCAGGAGCCGUUAGUUUGGCAUUGACUUAUACAAAUCGUAUGUUAAAUCUUGAUCAAUCCAUUUCCACCACCACUGCUUCAGCCAUUUCUUCAGCUACAAAAGAAUCAACCGGUGUCAAUACAAAUACAAGUUCCAGUUCAUAUCAAGGUUUAACUAGAAUCAAAUCAAGAGUUUUGAUUGUAACACCUAAUGAUAAUGAAGAUAUAAAAUAUAUUUCCUUGAUGAAUGGGAUUUUCGCUGCUCAGAAAAUGAAAGUCCCUAUAGAUGUAGCCAAGUUGGGUAAGAAAGAUUCUUCAUAUUUACAACAAGCUGCUGAUGCUACCAAUGGGAUUUAUCUUCAUAUUGAGAAACCUGUAGGUUUCAUACAAUUCUUAUCAACUGCAUACUUCAUUGAACCUUCUAUCAGGUCUUUAAUCAUAUUGCCUACUAAUUCCAACGUAAAUUACCGUGCUAGUUGUUUCAUUACAGGAAAGUCCGUUGAAAUAGGAUAUGUUUGUUCGGUUUGUUUGUGUAUUAUAAGUGAAAUUCCCGAAUCAAUGAAAUGUCCAACAUGUAAUUCCCAAUUUGAUGAUAAAAUAAUAGCCAAAUUAAAGAGGAAACCUGUAGUAAAGAAAAGGAAACUUGAAAAUGGUGGUGCUGAAGUUUCUUCUGAUAAUGGAACUCUUGCUCCAGCCACUCCUGAACCAACACCGGUUCCUGAAUAA